AAAAUGGCGCUUUCAUGCGUUCAAAUACUUUUGAUGAUUGGCAUGUUAGUUACUGGAAGCAUAAAUACCUUAAGUAAAAAGGCUCAGAAUGAUUGCAUUGCACCUGGCUUUCCAGAUCCCAAGUUCAACCACACAGCUACCCCACACUCAUUUGAUCAUCCCUGGUUCCAGACUAUUAUUAUGUUUAUGGGCGAGACCUUGUGUUUAUUUGGACUAUGUGUAAUAAGAAAAAGGGAGAGAGAUGCCUUUAAAACCCAGACUUUACAGAAAGUUAUUAACAGCUAUGAAGCAACCUCUACUGAAGUUAUGCAACAACCAAGGAUUUUCCACUGGAUCUUCGUAAUCCCAACCCUGUGUGAUCUGGUAGGCACUUCAUUAGCAGGUAUUAACUUGGUCUAUGUAGAUGCCAGUGUGUGUGUUCCUUCCUCGGCCAAUCCUACCACUGCCUCCUCUGUUCACAGGUAUUAA